AUGUGGCUCCGGCUCCUCACUGGCCUGGGUCACUGCGCCUGGGAGCCGCCGCACGUUAUGUCCCGGCUACGCCUUUGGUUGCCACGGCUCUUCCUCACGUGGCUACAACUGUGGCUUCAAGUCCAGGCAGUUCAGCCUCCGGAGUGGGCCCUGGGCCCCGUCCAGGUGACCCCCAACCCCCCGCGGCUGACAGAGGCUUGGUCUUCAUACGCCUCAGACCCCCCUCCCAAAUUGCCCCAUGCCCUCACACCCCUGGCAGAAGCCGGGGGCUUUAAUUACUUGACGUCCUGGUCUCCAUUCGAGAUGUUGGCCCCGCCUCAUCGGGAGUUGACUGAGACUGAGGCUCCAUACCCGGACACGGAUUCCGUGAGUGUAGUUUUCUCUCUAGAGGAUCCUGUGCCAACAGUUUCUCCUCCAGGUCAGGAUCAAGCUCAGCUUCUGCAGCGGCCCGAUGUCACUGUUAAACCUGUGGGUCUUGCACUCAUCGUAACUCCAGCGUUCACUAAUGAGCUUGAAACUCCUCCACCCCAACAAGAAACCUCGGCUCAGUCUACAGUGUCCUCUGAGCAGUUGGAACCUUUGUCAGUCUGGCAGGAAUUUUCAGAGCAGCAUCCAGUCCCCUCUGAAAAUGUUGAACUUUUUCCAGUUCACCAAGGAGCCCCAAUUCAACCACCAUACCCCGAGGUGGCAUUUCCAAAUCCAGAGCAAGUUCAGGCUCACCACCCAACUUUGAUUGAGGUCACAAUUCAACCAUUGGACCUUGGACUGACCAGAAGGCCAGAACCCACUAAGGAGGGUGAACCUUCUCCAGUCAUGCAGGAGACCUUAACCCAGCCUGCAGAACCACCUCAGGAGGUUUUUGUAGCUCAGCCUCCAGUAUAUCACAAUCCAAUAGUUCCAACACCGCAUCAGGAUCACACUGAGCCUCCAGCAUCACCCAGUAUCACAGUUAAACCUUUGAACCUGGAGCUGACCACAACUCCAGAACCUACUACAGAGUCUGAACAUUCUACAGCCCGGCAGCAGACUACAGCUCCCCCUCCAAAACACCCUGAGGUGACACUUGCACAACCAAACCUGUCUCAAGUCACAGUUUCACCUGUGGACCUGGGAGUUAACGUAUCUCAGCAACCAAGGCCAUCUGAGACGGUUCCUUUUCCUUCGACUCAGUAUUCAGUAUCCACAGGUCUUCCUGGUGUAAGAUAUACCCCAGAAAAGAAGCAGCCAGGGCAGAAUGCCACCACAAACAUCAGCAUAUGUGAGCUCUGUACCUGCAAAAAUGAGACGCUGUCGUGUGUUGGUCUCAGCCCAAAGCAGAAGCUCCACAGAGUGCCUGAGCCAGAGCCUGACGCCUACAACGGCACCUUCACCGUCCUGUAA